CUCUGAGAUAAUCCGACUAGUAAUGUAGUUCCAUUCACAACACGCUGUUUCAUUAUGUAAAUGAGUCUUUUAUAUCCACGUGCGAUGAACCCGUUCUUUAAUAGAUUAUUACUCUAGUAAUCAUCAAUGAUCAAGCUCCCGUUAGAAUGUAAUUUAAAACAGAACUAGGUUUGCAUACAGGGGAUUCAUUUGGAAAACCGACCAACAAUAAAAAGACCAAAAACAAAAGCAAAAAAAACCUUCGUUACGAAAAUUGCCUGCUUCCUGAACUGUGAGCUGACCUAUUCAUGUCUGACGUAAUUUCAAUGGAGGACGUUCAAUACAUAUUAUCCAGUAACUUGAAAAAAUUCGUUAUGCGAUUUGCUGUUCCAGCUAUGACGGCACUGCAGUUGUGAAAAAAAGAAGAAAAAGGCCAAGAAAAAACAACCCACCCGCAAGCCAAAUCAAAAGGAAAAACCAAGGAAUUAUCAUAGAAUUUAGAAUAUUGAGUGACUUUGUUAAUAAGUGCGAACCAAGGAAUUAUCACAUAAUUUAGAAUAUUGACGGAUUUUGUUAAUUAGUGCGAUAUCUGCUAUGGAACUACCCGUCUUCUUUAGGGGACUCAUAUGGUUGUGCUUGAUAUCAAAUCUAGUAUUGACAUAUACAUUAACGGAUGAAAGUCAAGUACACACAGAUUUGUUGACUGGAUAUAACAAGGACUUGCGACCAGGGAUCGACAGAACUUAUCCGCUGAAUAUAAACGCAUCUUUUUAUCUGUUUUCGAUCAAAGAGUUCGAUCUGCAUAGUGGGAAAUUUACAGUUACGGGUGUGUUUCUAUUAAACUGGUAUGACGAACGACUUGUCUGGAACCCUGCUUCCUACAACCAGACAAACAUCACCUCGAUUCCCCAAAAUAAAUUAUGGCUUCCGAAUUUCAUCAACAUCAAUCCUUACGAAAACAUCGUGGGACUGGGCAGUAAUUUGAUUUCAGUUAGAGUGCUAUACUCUGGACUUUGUAAUUGGUACGCUCUCCAAGCUUUUGAGGUCAUAUGUGAUGCUGACGUCACCAAAUAUCCUUUUGAUACACAGUAUUGUGCUUUGAAAUUCUUUAUUUGGGGGUAUGAUCCACAGGAAGUGAACGUGAUUUUUCCCACAACACAGGCAAUUCUCACUUUAUAUACCGAAAACGGCAUUUGGGAAAUCGCCGAUUCUAUAACUACGACGGAAGUAAAUGUGUACGGUUAUGAGGAAAUCAUAGUUGGUUUUUAUCUGAAACGAAGAACAGCUUACUAUAUUGUUAGCCUAAUAUUACCAAUAAGUUCAAUUUCACUGCUAUUGGGUUUUGCUUUUCUCCUUCCUCCGGAAUCCGGGGAAAGAAUUGGGUUUUGUACCACGAUCCUUCUCUCUAUCGUUGUCUAUCUGACCAUCAUCCAAGACCAACUGCCCGAAGCUUCGGAGCCUAAUGUAUCCAUUCUGGGGUACAUUCUCGUCAGCUACGUAUCAAGCGGAGCGAUUUUAGUAGUAUUCAUUAUCAUAAGUUUGCGCAUUCAUAACUGCCAAAGCAAUAAGCCGGUUCCCCAAUGCAUUACCCGGCUCGUCCUAUGUUGUCGCAGGAGGCAAACAGCUUUAGAUGUAGUGGAACCCAUUGAAUCCAAAUCUGGAAACCGUAUUGACGAUGAGGACUUCGCGGUCACCUGGACUGAAGUUGGAAGAUGUUUCGACAAGAUGUGUUUUAUCACCUCCAUUGUACAAUUUAUAGCGACCCUUACAACUUUUAUGUCUUUGACCUCCCCAUAGACAUGAAUGUCACGAUCCUGCUUAUUUUCUAUCGGAUAAUGUUCUAAGAGAUACCAUAUUGCUGUAAGAUGUGUGAUAUUGCUAAUGAAUAAAUAUCUAGGCUGUU